AUGGGGCUGUCAAUCUCAUACCCACCAGAUGACUACCUGCCUGAGGAUGACGAUGAUGGUAUGGACAGGAUCUUUGUGCGGUCUCUAAGCUUUGAUAAUCUCAGCACACUUGAGACCCUUGAAUCGCCACCAGCAUUGCUUGACGCACUGACUUCGAAGAGACUCAUCUUGAGCCCAUCAGAAGGUGAGGAGGACGAGUGGUUCAGGCAAAGGGGCAGCCUUUCCCAGCUCAAGCACACGGAGAGCAGCAAUCCCGCAAGUGAAGAAGACUCCUCCAGUUUUUUCAAAAAAGAAGACUCCUCCAAGUCUCACCCCCCUGGUGCUGACCAAGACAAGGCCACUGCAAAGGCCACACCAGCCACGCCACCAUCCACGAGCCAUGAUAAAACAACAACCAGCACGGCGACACCAGGCACGCCGGCCAUGAAGAGGUCCUCGUCGGGCAGCCGGCUGCAGCGCAAGCGGCCUCCACGGUUGGCAGUGAGCAAGAGCCGGCUGGGCAAGGGCAGCGGGGAGCAGGGCGCGGGCGCGUUCGGGGACUGCCUGGACUUCUGCAAGGAGAACCUGAUCCGGGGCGGCGAGGGGGGCGACGGCGAGGAGGAGUUUAAAGUAAAGUAA